AUGAGCUCCGGCGGGGCGCCGCCCGUGGGGCUGACACCGUCGGACGUCAGCUCCGGCGGCAUGUUCAGCACCGACCGCAUCGGCGGCUUCGGCUACGACGUCGGCGUCUCCGUCGGCAUCCUGCUGCUCAUCACCACCAUCACGCUCGCUUCCUACUUCUGCACCCGAGCGCCCGUCGACGCGGCGGCGGGGGAGGCUGCUCCGUCGUCCCGGCGGCGCCACGGCGGUGGCCGGGACGGAGCCGGCGGCGGCGAAGGCUCGCACGACGACGUCGAGCUCGGCAUCGACGAGGCGACGCUCAAAGGGUACCCGGAGGUGGUGUACGGCGAGGCCAGGAAGGAGGCCAAGGCCGCCGCCAAGAAGGGCACCACGUGCACGUGCUGCUCCAUCUGCCUCGACAACUACGGCGACGGCGAGGUGCUCCGGAAGCUGCCCGAGUGCGGCCACCUGUUCCACCGAGAGUGCGUCGACCCGUGGCUCCGCCACCACCCGACGUGCCCCGUGUGCCGGACGUCGCCGGUGCCCAGCCCCAUGCCGACGCCACUCGCCGAGGUCACGCCGCUGGCAAUGGCCAGGAUGUCGUCGUGA